UCUCCAGGAUACCCCAACCUCCUCUCUAUGACUUCUACUCCCAGGUCCCUCCACACUGAAAAGUCGCGUCGAAUCAAAAAAACUCCUGUGGGACCAAGGAUCCUUUCCUCUGGUCAUCAAGAAUCUUGAGAUGUCAGACUCAGGGAUUUAUACCUGUGAAGUGGAGAACAAGGAAAUACAAGUGGAAUUGCUGGUGUUCAGAUUGAAGGUCAAUUCCGGCACCCACAGCAGCAUCCGCCUGAUGCGAGGGAAGAGCCUGACCCUGACUUUGGAGAGCCCCUCUGGUAGUAACCCUUCAGUAAAAUGUAAAGGUCCAGGGAAUAAAGAGUGGAAUGUGGACAAGAGCCGCUCACUGCCCCAGCUGGAGUUGCAGGACAGUGGUACAUGGACAUGCACGGUCUCCCAGAACGCAAAGAAACUGGAGUUCAAGAUAAACAUCUUGGUGCUGGCUUUCAGGAAGAUCUCUAACACAUUCUAUACAAAAGUAGGGGAGCCCGUAGAGUUCUCCUUCCCACUUACUUUUGAAGAUGAAAACCUGAGCGGGGAGCUGAAGUGGCAGAAGGAGGGGGCUUCCUCCCUUCAGUCCUGGAUCACCUUCUCCUUGGAGAACAAGAAGGUGUCUGUGGUGAAUGCUCACCAAGACAGGAAGAUCCAGCUGAAGGAGACACUCCCGCUCCGCUUCAGCCUGCCCCAGGCCUUGCCUCAGGAUGCUGGUUCUGGAAACCUGACCCUGUCUCUCAGCCAGGGGCAGCUGCAUCAGGAAGUGAACCUCGUGGUGAUGAGAAUGACUAAUUCCGAGAACAAAUUGACCUGUGAGGUGCUGGGGCCCAGCUCCCCCAAACUGAUGCUGAGCUUGAAGCUGAACAACCAGACUGCAAAGGUCUCAAAUCAAGAGAAGCUGGUGACGGUGUUGGACCCUGAGGUGGGGGUGUGGCAUUGUCUACUUACUGACAAGCACAAAGUCCUGCUGGAAUCCAAAGUCGAGGUUUUGCAAGCAGGGUUAACCCAGGACUUGCCAACAUUUCUGGCCAUUGUUCUGGGGCCAAUAGGAGGCUUUCUGAUUUUCACCGGACUCUGCAUCUUCUGUUGUGUCAAAUACCGGCACCGAAGGCGCCAGGCAGAGCGGAUGUCUCAGAUCAAGAGACUCCUCAGUGAGAAGAAGACCUGCCAUUGCCCCCACCGAUUCCAGAAGACAUGUAAUCUCAUUUGAGGCGCUGGGCCAGGGGGAGCUUCCCACUUGCAGCCUCCCCAGCUGUCUACCCUGCGUUUCCUGUUGGGCUCCUGGGCCUGUGGACCAGAUGAAUGUAGCAGAUCCCAGCGCCUCUGGCAUCUCCGGCUCUCCU